AUGUCGAAUGAAGCGGAGGAAGUGGCCGAGGACUAUCGUCAGGCCCUCGAGGAUCUCAGCCAGAACACGCGGUUCGAGAUCAGCAAUCUGACAGUGAUUGCCCGAGAGAAUACGAACCAUGCUCUCGCCAUUGCCGAAGUACUCGAAAAACAUAUCAUCAAGGUAAGUACCCCCCUACGAUCCGAGCAGGUCCUGAAAGACGGCCAGCUCUGCUGUCUGAAAGCAGGCUCGCCUCUCUCCAAUGCGUUCGCUACCUACUGCCUCCGUGUGCGUGUGCUUGUGUGGAAGGACUUGAUGGCUGAUUCCUACCCGCAGACGGCGCCGGCCAAGAAGCUGCCAGCCCUAUACGUCCUUGAUUCCAUCGUCAAGAAUGUCGGCACGCCCUACACGCUAUACCUCGGCCGGAAUCUCUUCAAGAUCUUCAUGGAAGCCUACACCGUUGUCGACAACCCGACGCGCAAGCGCAUGGAGGAGAUGCUCAAGACGUGGAAGCUGCCCGUCGCCGGAGCCCUAGAUACCCGGCCCGUCUUCUCGCCCGAGCUUGUCCGACCGAUCGAGAAUGCCCUCAUGAAGGCCAAGGCGGCCAUGAUGCCGCAGACGCAGAUCCCGGGCAGGCCAAGGUCUGCCAUGACCCCCCACCGAAACAGCCCGACACCGCCAGGCGCGAUGCGCGCGACUCCCGGCCUGACCCCCCAGUCGCACCCCCAUCCGUACGGCAUGCCAUCGGCCGACCCCGCCAGUGCCCAGAUGAUGUACCCCGGACAAGGACAGCCCUACUCUCAGCAACCCACCCCGGUACCCGCCGGCGUACCUCAUCAGCAGCCCGGCUACGGAACUGGCGCACUGCCGGGCGGAGUCCACGUAGAGACGUUGAGCAGUGACAUUCAUAAUCUGAUUGUGGCCAUGAGGGCGGAAGCCUCGCAGAACCCGCACGAUACAGGCGCCCAGACUAGGCUAAGAGCGUUGCUGGAUCUCCAGCCCAUUGUACAGAGCGGGCGCGUGGCACCGGAGCAGCUGGCGCUCAUUGAAAACCAAGUAACAGAAUUGGCCGCCGUGACACUAAGGAGCUCGUCCCACCGCCCGAACCCGGCACCGCCGCAGCAUCAGCAGCCGUCCGCGUACCCCAUCCUGCCCCGCGAGCACCAGCCGGCAGCUCCCGUAGCUCCGGCGUCGCAGCCGUCCGGCCAAGCUCCCUUGACUCUGGACUCCCUCCUAGGCGCCGGAGCCCUGGCGACGCUCAUGGCACGGCAGUCGUCGCAACGGUCGACUCCCAACCCGCCACCUGCCGUCGCCGCGCCCCCGGCAGCAGCACCGUACGUGGCACCGGCGCCAGCACCGGCUCCUGAACCGAGCGGCGGCGGUGCCUCUUCGCUGCUAGACCAGCUCCGUAUGGUCGGACUCUUGCCAUCUACACCGACGCCCGCCAACGUGGUAGCAGCACCGGCGGUUGCGCCGGCGCCGCCCGCGAUCCCCGCCAACAUCGCCAACAUCCUUUCUGCCCAACGAGCCAUGGCCGCCAUGGGGACACCGAUCCGUGGAGGCCUGGAUACGGCAUCCCUCAGGCAACCGGCACCGCCGAAAAUUGUCUCCUCACUAUACGAGCAGCUCGGGCCCCCCUGCUCCCAGUGCGGGCGGCGCUUCAAGACGGACGAGGAGGGUCGGAAGAAGAAGAUGGCGCACAUGGACUGGCACUUCCGGGUGCACCAGCGCGGCGCCGAGGCGGACAAGCGCGGCUCGCACCGGAGCUGGUACGUCGACGCUCAGGACUGGCUGCAGUCGCGCGAGGUCGUCGACUCGGACCACCUGGCCGCGCAGGAGGACAGGGCGGCCGAGGCGUCCAAGGCGGCUGCCGAGGCGGCCAAGCCAAAGUACAUGGCGGUGCCGGAGCCGACCAGCGGCGUCAACAACGUCUGCCCCAUCUGCCAGGACAAGUUCGAGAACAAGUGGCUCGACACGGCGCAGGAGUGGGUGUGGCUAGACGCCGUGCUCGUCGGGGGCCGCGCGUACCACGCUUCGUGCCACGACGAGGCCACGAGGGAUAGGGAGGGAACCCCCCGACUCUCGUCCGACACGUCGGCCACGGUGUUGGGGAAGCGAAAGGCCGAGGGGGGGCUCGCCUCGCCCAAGGUACGAUCUCUCAAGUCGUUUGGCUGA